CGACCACAAAGACGACGGUAUAUUUUCUUAAAGAAAGCCAAGUGAGGAUGGAUAUGUUAAGGACGCGCCAUGUCUUAAGAUCACCAGAGGAGUGACAGCUAGCGAGCAUGCUAACUUACCCGAGAUGACAGCUCAGACUACCAGCAGCGCUACACAUAGCUGGGCAUUAUAUUCCAGUGAUCAGGGUUACUGCAGUGCAGCGUCUGACUUCAUGAUCAGUGUUGCCUUUUCCUGGGGAUAUCCUUCACAAACACAGAGCCUGAGAGUGGGACAGGAACAGGAAAGCGUUCACUUGGAGGAGGGUGGGCUGUGGCGAAGAGGUUGAGCAAGUGGAGCUCCUGCCCUACAGCUGUUGUGGUUCAAGGGCAGGAAGCAGCUUGGUUCCCACACAAAGAAAGGCUCAACUCUUUCCCACGGUCAUAGAGCACGUGGUUUAAAAUUGGAUCCUGAAUGACCCACCCUCCCUAUUGAAACGUCACUGCAGUUCAGCCAUUGAGAUCCUGUUACACUGCCAAAGAUGUUCAAGGCAUUUGAAUGAGAGUCUAUUGACCUGGCAAAUUCAACAAAACCACAGAACCUACAGACAAGUUAAGUCAGGUUUUAGAGUUAAGAGACUAUGAAAUUAUGUUUUCAUGUGUUGAAUAUAGACAAGUUCCACCCUUGUUUCUCAUUGCAGAGCAUGCAAAAUUUGUCCGGGCAGUGCUCCAUCAAUUGUGAACAAUUGGAUAAUCUUUUGUGCACACGCAAGAUGUUGAAAUGUUUAUGAGUGUGAACAUCGGUGACAUUGGGUAGGAUUAUGGACCACAAACAGACAGACAUCUAGACAGACAAACGGAUGCAAAGAGAGAUUUCUGUCAUUUCAACAAUUUUCUUAAUUCAAAGUGGUUGAAAAGGUUAAUAAAGUGAAUACACUUUACAGUUUGAGGCUAUGUUUUCUAUUUGAAUGGAUUAGCAAAAACAUGCAGUGGAGUUGACUACAGGGUUGAAAAUAAAGUAGGCUAGUAUAUUUAAUUAACGUGUAAACUACAAUGUAUAUAUAUAUAUAUAUAUAUGUGUGUGUGUGUGUGUGUGUGUGUAUUAUAUUAUAUUAUAUUGUACAGCUACUAGUAGGAGCAUGAUUCCAUUUGAAAAGUAAUUAUUCACGAACUCCAAAGACAUUCCGCACUUUUUAUUAUUGUAUAAUUAUUUGCAGCAUUUUCUCUGCAAUGCAGUCUGCUAAAAAUCAUCCUACGAAACGAACACAGUCUCCGCCCCUGAAAGACAAACAUCGUAACGGGUGAUUGUUAUUCAAAUGAGCCUCAAUGGGCGGAAUCAAGUCGGUGAGCUAUAACGGAGCAUACAGUCAGAACACAGCGCGCGGAGCAGGCCAUUCAACACCCGCUCGUGGGAACCACUAUAGGAUAUUGGAGCAGCAUAUGCAGCAUGGGAUACUGAAGUUCCCAGCUCUAUAAGGAACGUUAUUUAUGCUUGAAUAAUAUUGAGCGCAUAAACUGGGGGAAUUGUGAAUAGGCUACCUUGGAGCUUGGUCUUCGAAUUUUAACUCCCCAUUAGUGAAUAUUCCCUCAGGUUAUUUCGGAGGGUGGACGAAGAUCUGGCUCAUUAUCUUCUAUCAGAAACAGAAGCGAAGGGUUGCAGUCAUCUACCUGUUGAAAUAAUGAGUCAGGCGGACAUGGCUUGCUCUGCGCGUCAAAGAGUGUUUCAGGAAGCGCUCAGGAAGGGGAAUACUAAGGAACUCCAUUCGCUCUUGCAAAACAUGACAAACUGUGAAUUUAACGUGAACUCUUUCGGACCCGAGGGACAGACGGCGCUUCAUCAGUCCGUGAUCGAUGGCAACCUGGAGUUGGUGAAGCUACUGGUGAAGUUUGGUGCAGACAUCCGUCUGGCCAACAGAGAUGGAUGGAGCGCCCUGCACAUAGCAGCUUUUGGUGGACACCAAGACAUCGUUCUUUACCUCAUCACACGGGCGAAGUACUCAUCAAGCGCGCUCUGAGGCAAUCAAAGAAGAUCUGACGCUGUACCUUUAAGCCUAUAUGACCCGUAUGUGCCAAAGACAGUUUGUUUGUGAUGUAUUUAGGAAAUUGAUUUAAUAUCGGUAGGCACAGAAUUCAAAUCCAAAAGGCUAUUUUUGAUAAGUUGGGUUGGUACAAUGUCAUGGGUGUGGUUUGCCAACUUUGGAUGCAUGAUGAAAAUGAUCGCUGUGUUAUUUAUAGAUUUUUUUUUUCAUGACAAAUUGAACAGGCUAUCAACGUAAGAAAUACGACAUUAGUUGCUCCAACAGGUUGAUUAGACUCAGGUUGCGAAUUUUGUGGGGGUGGGGAUCUGACUCCUUAAUUAAGUCUUGAACAUCCAAAAAGAAAAAAACAACAAUGGUGUUUUUUAAAAUUAGGAAGGCUAUAUAUAUAUAUAUAUAUAUAUAUAUAUAUAUAUAUAUAUAUAUAUAUAUAUAUAUAUAUAUAUAUAUAUAAGGCUAUAUAUGCAGCGUUCAAACAGCGUUUUAAGAACCACAAAAACUACAAAAGAUUGUAUGUAUAACUGAUGUUAACUAAUACAAAAUUUAUGCGCAAGACCAACUUAAUCAUUAACGUUACUGACAGACAUUUCUCCACAAAGUCGACCCCCCCCCCCAAUUCACACACUGACUAGACUGACAUACAUAUUCCUGUACAGAAUAACAUUAUGUACACAUUCUAUUUGCAUAUUGCCUAAAACUGGGACUGAUGUCCGAUACCUCAACUGUAAUGCAUUAUAACGGUGACAAUGCAUGUUGGUCAUCAAGUUUAGUAUCUUUCAUCAUUCAGCAUCUCUCACCUCUUUAAUGGAAAUAUUUACACACAUUUUAUUUCACUCACAACUAAAUAGGACUGCAUUUUGGCAUUGACUGUUGUGUCAUAAUCAGUACUUUGUGAUUGUUUUUAUUUUUAGCUGUUCCACACAUUUCAAGCCACACUGUUUUCUAAUUCAGAGUUUGAGCAAAACUAUAGACUGCAUUGUAUCCUAAAGCACGUUGGCCUCGUCUUCUUAGACCUCUUGUCAACUCAGGCAAGUUGUAAGGUUUAAAUAUGUUUUGUGACUUAUGAAAUGCUUCAAAGCCAGUAUAAAAAUAUGCAUUACUUAUACUUGAGAAUGUUUUAAAUAUUGCACUGAUGGCUGUUUUAUGAGUUGUUGGUGUGAUGCCAACUUUUAAAGAUACUAUUUUUCUAAAUGGAAAAACUAUUCUUAUUGUAUGUAAGCUCCAGGGUGGGUUCCACUCAUUCUUUGCAAAGGUUUUUAUAUGCCUAUGAAUUAAAUUACUGUAUGUGUAAUUACGCAACACACUCUGCUUGAAUGUCCCCCCCAUAAGUAAUGUCAAACAUAUUAUAGACCAUAACAACUAUGUUAAAAUAUCACAGUGUUAUUGGGCAUCCUUUUGACAUAAUGGGAGAACAAACAAGUAAAGUGAAGUGUCCAUAAAAAGUCUUGGAGCACUUCCUAUCUGAAGUCCUAUCCUCCUCUUUUUAAGGGGGAUGCUACAUGGUAAAACCAGUGUAACAAGAAGUUGCACAAUGCACAAGUCUUUACUUGAUAAUGCCAUAACAUUUAUGACAUGAAAGUAAAAGUAUCUUCUUAUAAAAGUAACUUCGUGAUAUUCUGGACCAACUUUUUAAAUAUUAUUUUCAUCAAACAGAAGUUUGGAAAAAGGGCGCUCAUAAUGUUUUUGUGAAUUGUUAUUUUGUUGUGUUUUAUAUUUGUUUAGCUGUUUUGUUUAUGUUUUGAAUGAUGUAAGUGGUCAUAUUUUAAAUAUAUUACUUGCUGUAUUUUGUACUUUUUGUGCAAAGCCAUUUUAGAUUAAAUUCUGUGGUUGUAAGAAAAUGACUGGUGCA